UGAGUUAUUCUGUGAGGAAACUCCAUUUUUACCUCAUCGCAGCCGAUGCGCGCUCCCGUCUCCCCGUGAACGCAGUGGCUCACACGGGCUCGCGCGGGGACUCGUGAGCGCGCUGCGGUGCUGAUGACAGACCCGCCCGUAUCAUCUCCAUCUCUUACAGCCCAGAUGACUCUGCUGUUCAGUUUAAUGUUGCUGGUGAUGGUGUGUGUGGCAUUCACCAGCACUGUUGGAUCCUGUAACUCCAGCAGCUUCACUGACUCGACAGUAGAUCUGCAGUAUGAGCUGCUCUGCAGGACUGAAGACUAUGAAGUUCGUCGGUACUCGAGCACACGGUGGAUCUCUACCGACGCUGAGGCGUAUUUUCUCGGUGUGGGAGCGGCGAUGGCUUUCAGACGACUUUACCAUUAUAUAUCAGGAGACAAUAAAGAGGGUGUAAAGUUUGAGCUGACGGCUCCUGUACUUGUUGAAGUUCCUGAGGAAAGGAAGAUGUGGGAACCGGCGAUUUACACGCUCAGCUUCCUGCUUCCGUCAGCCUAUCAGGAGAGACCGCCCACACCCACCAAUGACAAGCUGUAUUUCUCUGAUAUGCCCGAUAUGGACGUGUACGUGAGGUGUUACGGGGGCUGGAUGCUGUCAAUCACAUCUCGACUCCACGCCCACCUGCUGACCAAAGCACUGCUCAGAGCCAACGCACACUAUAACCACACACACCACUACACUGUGGGCUAUGACAGUCCUCUGAAGUUGUUGAACAGACACAAUGAGGUGUGGUACGUGGUUGAGGGAGAUCCAGUGUGUGGACACAACAUCACUUCAAUCCCAGCUGAUGCACACUGAACAGGGAUCAAGUGGAGACGAAGAAGAACUUCCUGUGUGUGUGUGUGUGUGUGUGUGUGUGUGUGUGUGUGUGUGUGCGUGCUAAUUGAAUCUCCAAACCCCCGUGUGAAGCUAUGAGUGCUGUAUAUUCAGCAACAGUACAUUUAAAGGCAGCAGCAGCUGAUUGUCUCUGUCACAUGGAGAUCGAUAUUUAUUAUUAAUCAGCAUCAUGUAUUUCUGCUUCAUAAAACUGAACAUGUGUUAAAUGUAUUUGCUUGUGAUUGUGGUUA